UCCCUCACUCUCACUUAUUCCAAAAGGUGCCACUCCAUGCGUCUCGCCUGGAAGGCCUGUUCCUAAGUCCGUUAUUCUCAUUCUGUCUCAGGGCUACACUGGUCUCAUUAGUAAAUCGUCAGCCAAUACGAACAAAGCAAUUUCUGUUUUUAUUCUCGAAUUCUUGACCUCGACCGUUUAGUAAAUUGUGGCCUAAAGAAACGUGCAUACAUACUGUACAGUAUGUAAUAUGUGCAGUACAGCACACAGUGCCCAACAUAUACAUAAAAGGAUCCUCUGCUCUCAUCCUCUGUGCUACACGCAUGUUAUAUUCAGAGAGAAUAUUGUCUUUUCGAUUACGGGAUAAUCAUUCAUUGUAUAGUUAUGGCAUCCACGAUAAAACGUCAUACCGUGACUCCUACCCUUUGUUUCAAUCCUUUGUGGGAAGAAGCAUACUUUUUUGUUGAACGCGAAGGAGCGGCGAAGUGUCUGCUCUGUCACAUGUCAACAAAUCAGUUCAAGAAAUACAAUCUUCAACGACACUAUAACUCGUUCCAUGCGAAAGCUUUUGUACAUUACACACCGGAGAAACGAAUUGCAAAACUGGAAAGCCUGAAGUAUAAAUUAGCAGAAAUCGAUACUGAUUUACUUGAAGAGGAGAGCAAGUAUGUUAAUACAGAACCGAUCAUUCAAACAAGUUAUAGGAUCGCAUUGGAAAUUGCACGAAACGUUCGUCCAUUCUCGGAUGGAGAAUUUAUCAAGACAUGCCUGUUAGCUAGUGCCGAACAACUAUGUCCGGAUGAAGUUCACAAAUUUGAAGGAAUUAAUCUAUCCCGACAAACAAUUCAACAGUGUAUUCAUGAAAUGGCUAGUAAUGCAUCGCAACAAUUGAAUGUAAUUGCUAAAAAAUUUGUUGUGUUUUCUUUAGCUUUCGAUAAGUUGAUCGAUACGUCUGGUGCUUCGCAAUUAGCUGUUUUUAUUCGAGGGAUUGACGAUACAUUUGCACUUACAGAGGAGCUGCUAGACAUUUUUUUUGUAAAAGACGAUGCAAAAGGAGAAGACAUUCUUUCCUGCAUAGAGGAAGCAAUUAAAUAUAACAAUUUGGACUGGUGUAAGCUUGUCGCAGUUGCCACCAAUGGUACACCAUCCAUAGUAGAUAUCAAUACUGAGUUUAUCGAUUGUCUACAAUUAAAAUUACGAAAUCUAGCUGUUCCUCAAAAAGUAGUUACUAUACAUUCUAUAAUUCAUAUACAACAUUUGUGUGCAAAAUGUAUACAGUUUGAUAAUGUUGUGUCUGUUGUUGUGAAAACAACAAAUACUAUACAAACGUAUGGUCUCCAAAAUUCGCAGUUCAGAUCAUUUUUGGAGGAACUUGAAGCCGAAUACGUUGAGCUACCAUAUCACACUAAUAUUAAGUGGCUGAGUUGUGGAAAAAUAUUAGAUAAAUAUUACAAUCUCCUCGCUGAGAUUGAUUUACUUAUGAAUAUGGUUGGAGAUCCAGUACCAGAGCUACAAAGCGAUCAUUGGAUCGCUGAUUUAGCUUUUAUGUGUGACAUUAUUCAUCACCUGAAUGCCCUGAAUGUAUCUUUGCAGGAGGAAAGAAAAACAAUUAUAGAUUUAUUCGAUUUAAUACAAGCAUUUAAAAUGAAAUUAGAAUUAUGGAUAGAACAGUUACGAACAAAAACUAUGGAACAUUUUACGAAACUAGCAUUAGUGAGUCCUAAGAUUAAUUUUGAUAAAUAUAUAGAUGUUCUGAAAAAUCUCAAUAAGGAAUUCACCUUGAGGUUUAAAGAUGUUUCAACAUUAGAAAAAGAUUUUGACUUAGUAGCGUUGCCAUUUUCUAUAGACAUCAAAUCAGCACCACCUUAUUUGCAAUUAGAACUUAUUGAUUUAAGAUGCGACAGAAACUUAAAACAAAAGUUUAUGGAUAAAGUUGACUUGAUAGAUUUUUACAAGAGUUUACAACAGAGUAGAUUUCCUCAAUUAUAUAAAUAUGCAGCGCGUAUAAUGGCUAUGUUUGGAUCGACUUAUAUUUUUGAAAAGUUAGUAUGUAUGUUAAGAAAAACGAAAAACACAUCCAAUUAUACAGUAUCAGAUCAUAAUUUGAAAGAUUCGCUUAUUUUAGGCACAACACAAACUAUAAUAUAGCAGAUUUUUAUUUAUUGAAAUUAUUGUAUCAAUGUUCUAUAUACAUUACAAUACAUAAAUACACUCCCAAACAACAAGAAAGCACGCGCGUACUAUCGUUAAUUUCUUGUGAAAUAAUUGUGAUAAAGUAAAAAUGCAUGUAGAGAGUAUAGAUAUGCAUAGAUACAUAAACAUUACCUGAGUUCCCUAUAUGGCUAAUUGGUUCUGUCAGAAGAAAUGAGAAUAUAUGAAUUGAAGCGGUCAAAAUAAUAGCACAUUUAACUAAAAAUUGUGUAUAGCAAUAAAUUAACGAAUAACGAUA